CAUAGUCUUUAUGUUAUUUGUAACUUCUUUAAUCUCUUUGUGUUUCAUAUGGAAUUUGAGCUUCUAAAGUACCAAGUCUGAAUUCUCUUUUCUAACCUUUUUCUAUGUAGACCUUGUCCCUUCACCCCCUUUUUCCGUUAUGCCUCAGUCUUGAAAGUAUCACUUCCUGAAGGAGAAAAUGAGUAUUGGCCCAUUAGUGAAAUUUCCUUUUGCCUAAAUCAUUGGAUCCAAUUCUACUCUCUGCCCUUCCCAUAAUCGUUUUCUUUUCUACUUGCCAUGCAGUCUCCCCUCUGGGUACAUGAUCUCCCGUUAUUCUGGAAGCCCUUUACUCCCUGGAGCUUAGAUUUCCUUUCCCCUAAGGCAGGAUGUUGUUUGUAGAGAUAGAACAUUCUGUCAGAGGAAGUGAUGUUCCCACAGAUUAGAUCCAUGGUAAGGUCCCCAAUCUGCCAUUAGAGAAUAUGUAUGUCUCCCCAUGUAAAUGUUCUUCUUUGGGACUUUUCCCCCAUUGAUGCAACAUCUCCCCUUUUCUUUCCCAUUUUAAUUUCUCACUUUGUUACCUCACUUAUUUGCCUGUACCCCCUUUUUUCCUAAGAGUUCUCUUUUUGAUAACCAUGGAUUUGAUUAUGAUAUAUCACACAUUCUCUUCUAUGCUUCACUAACUUCCCUCUCUUAUGUACGCGCCCAUUCGGCAGUUUAAUCCCACAAACUACAUUCUUUGGUACGUGGUGGAGAUUGUGGGGUUCAGUCCAUGGUUCUUCUCCACCAUCACUCUUUCCUCUUUACAUUCUGCCCUCAUUUUUAUCCCUUUGCCUGCUGUUCAAAAGGAAACUCUAGACUGUUCCUCUAUUGUUGUUUUUAACCCCCUAUGUGUUUUUCUCUUUCUAGUCUUUUCUUUUAAUAGACUGUAGAGAUGGAUAUUUUAUUUAGUUAUUUGUACUUUCCUUGAGAAUUGUUUCUUUGCCACUCUUGUGUUUCCACUGUUUUGAGUAUUUGCAAGUCAAAUAAGCUGAAAAUGUCUUUUUCCCCCUUCAAGAAUGCUUCAAAUUUCUCUCUUUUACUGAAUGUCCAACCUUUUUUUUUUUUAAUUGAUGAUUAGACACAGGUUCAUAUGGCAUUGCAUUUUGGGUUCCAUCUUGAGUUCCUUUGCUUUUUGGAAUAUAGUAUUCUAUCCCUUGUGUAGUUACUGGUGGAUACAAAAGUCUUACAUUAUUUGAAUUUCCUUCCCUUUAUAUAUGGUCUUUCUCUUCGCCACUUGCACAAUUUGUCAUCAAAAUAGUUAAUUUUAACCACUAUAUGUCUUGGAAUUUGAAGCAUCAGUUUUAAUUAUCCUUAACUUAUUUGUAUUUCCAAUCUGUUGUUCUCCCUUUGACUUCUUUGGUGAGGUUUACUACUGUGGAUUCAAGUUGUUUUUUUUUUUUUUAAUUUUACUAAUUAUUUCUGCUCUUCGGGCCGUCAUUUUAUUCCCUUCUAAACUCUCUUAAGAUUCUGAUUUUUCUCUUCAACCGUUUGAGAACAUCCCUCUGUGGCUUCAUGUUCUCUUGGGAAACCACACGGUUCCGUGUUUCCUCAGGGGUUGGCUCAGUUUCUUUUGUUUUGUAAUAUUUAUUCAUAGACAUUUGCAAUCUUUCAGUGUCUUGGUGCUUGCCUUCUAAUUUUAUUCUUUUCUCUGUUCAUUAAUCUGCUUGUGCUGCAGGUUUUACUAACUGAAUUUUCUUCUUUCUGCUAUCUUUGGUGUUUUUGCUGUUGUUAUAUACCCGUCUCUCGCUUUCUGACUUCCCUCUUUGAUGUUGGCUUUACCACCCCUCCCCCCCAGGCUGGACCCUUUUCCUAUGGUGCCUCAGUCCCUGACCCAAAUAUUUUUUUGGGGAACAGGGCUGGCCCCAGAUGUUUUCAGUUUUUUUUCUUCAGGCUUGGUGCAGCCACUUAUGUUGGCCUCCUGCCCCAGGUCCCCCUUUGCUUAAGUUCUCUGGCUUCACCAAGGCUAUAUCUACUUCCUCCCCUGCCCCUCACUUGAGGGAGGUUAGAGCAGAUAUUCUGGGAGGAGUUUCUGAAAGCUUUGAGGUUCUCUAAAGUAGGGGGCUAUCUCAAUCAGAAAGGAAAUGUAUCUUCACCUUCCCGCAUUCUUUUCUUUCUUCUGCAAGAGUUGAGGUUCGCUGCCGGUUGUAUCAGGAUACUGGGGAAAGGGCAGGCUAGCAUGGACUCGCAGAGACUGAAGCAGGAGGGAAAUUCCUGGGAUGGAUCCACAGUGACUCCUCCUACCAAGCAGAAAGCCAAGAUGGAUGACAUUGUUGUAGUAGCCCAAGGAACCCAGGCCUCACGGAGUAUCAGCAGCGAUCCAGAUGUCAUCAAAUUACAGGAGAUUCCAACCUUCCAGCCCCUUUUGAAAGGGCUUUUGAGUGGCCAGACAUCUCCCACAAAUACCAAAUUGGAGAAGCUAGACUCUCAACAAGUUCUCCAGCUCUGUCUUCGAUAUCAAGAUCACCUUCAUCAGUGUGCAGAAGCUGUUUCCUUUGAUCAAAAUGCUUUAGUUAAACGAAUCAAAGAGAUGGACCUUACUGUUGAGACACUCUUUGGCUUCAUGCAAGAGCGACAGAAAAGGUACUCAAAGUAUGCUGAACAGAUCCAGAAGGUCAAUGAAAUAUCCUCUAUUCUACGCCGAAUACAAAUGGGCAUUGACCAAACUGUACCUCUGAUGGAGAGACUGAACAGCCUGCUUCCUGAGAACGAGAGAUUGGAGCCCUUUAGCAUGAAACCAGAUCGCGAGCUCAAGUCAUAGUUGUUUCCAAACCCUUUCCCAUGACUGGCCAGUGAGAUUUUUCUCCAUGGAGCGACAGAAACCAAUAAUGCCCAGAGAAUACUUGGGGCAAUUAUACCACUAUCAGGCAAGACUUGACUUUUUGUUUGGUUUCCUGUUCUCCAUAAUGGGAAGAGAAGCAGUCAAGCUAGGGAUAGGUCUCCCCCGUCUGGAGUCAAGGGGAUUGUUCCUGCUUGGUGUGAACCAAAUUCUUUCAUCUCACCACUCUGAAAGUCUUGAAGGCCAGCAUCAGCAAUGUUGCUAAAACAUAAACCAUUAGUCCUUGUCAACUCUUCAGAGAACUCUGCCCUACACAUUCUCUGUUGCUGUUAUUGUCAUCAUUUGAGUUAAGUGUGUGCAGCCUGUUUUCAGAUAAGCUGGUCCAGUUAACACAGGAAGAGAACUGGAGAGGUUAUUUUCAUGAGUUUAGGUAUUUGUCAGUCAAUAACUGUUAAAAGGCCCUUUGAUUUACAGGGGUAUAAAUGAAAAACUUGAAUCCA